AUGCUCUUCUCGAGGCCUGGUCGCUCGAUCUUCCCUCUCCUCCCGCCAUACGGGGCGCACGAUCCCAACGGAGGUCGACGGAUCAUACCGCUCAACCCCGAUGGCAUCACUCCCUACCUCGGGCUACGGUCCCGGCUAUCGCAAGUAUGGCUCAACCGCUGGACCAUCCUACUCCUGCUCGUUCUGGCGCGCGUCCUCAUAGCGGUGGCGGGCAUGCAGUCCGACAUGGGAUCCGCCAAGCGCGAAGCCCUGUCGGCCUGUACCAGCGUCGAGUCCAUGGGAAGUGCCAUGGUGUCCAUGCCGCAUUACCUGUCGCAGGGAGUCAAUGAGUUGACCGCGGCCGGGGUGGAAAAGGCCGUCAGCGCGCUCAAGACCAUGCUGCUGCUGACCAUCACGGGGGUCGAGGAGUUGAUCCUGUUCUUCAUCAAAGUCAUGUAUCAGACCUACCUCUGUCUCUUCACCAUGGUCGUGCGCGGCAGCGUCCACCUUGCCCUCGGUGUCGUCGAGGACGCGGCGGACUUUCUAAACUCCACCGUCAAGAGCAUCGGACAAGACAUCCACAAGUCUGUCGACUCCUUCGAAAGCAGCCUCAACAGCUUCAUCGAUGACAUCAACGGCAUUGCCAGCGCCCUGCUGGGCGAGAUCCCCAAACUCGACAUCAGCGACAAGCUCGACAAGCUCGACUCCCUGAGCCUCCCCAGCUCCAUCGACUCCACCAUCGACAAAGUCAACAACUCCAUCCCCACCUUUGACGAGGUCGACAAGUACGUCACUAACAUCCUGCGCACCCCGUUCGAGGAAGUCAAGCGCCUCGUCAACGGCUCCCUGAGCAACUACACCUUCGACCGCUCCGCGCUCCCCGUCCCGGCCAAAGAGCAGCUGAGCUUCUGUGACGGCAGCGACGGCAUCAACUCCUUCUUCGACAAAGUCGCCCACAUCACCACCACCGCGCGCACCAUCUUCAUCGCCGUGCUGAUCAUCGCCGCCGUGCUCGUCUGCGUGCCCGUAGGCUGGCAGGAGAUCCGCCGCUGGCGCACCAUGAAAGAGCGCUCGCAGCUCGUCCACAAAGACGCCCACGACCCCAUGGACGUCGUCUACAUCGUCUCGCGCCCCUACACCGCCGCCACAGGCGUCAAGGCCGCCAGCCGCUUCAGCAACAGCCGCCGACAGAUCCUCGUGCGCUGGGUCAUCGCCUACGCCACCUCCCCCCCGGCGCUCUUCGUCCUGUGCCUCGCCCUCGCCGGCCUCUUCUCUUGCCUCUGCCAGUAUAUCCUCCUCAAGGCGGUGGAGCGCACUGUCCCCGAACUCACCUCCGAGGUGGGCCAGUUCGCCGGCAAAGUCGUCGACAAGCUGCAGGACACCUCGGCGAAAUGGGCCGCCGACGCCAACAGCGCCAUCGCCGACACCAACACCGACCUGAACAAGAACAUCUUCGGCUGGGUCAACACCAGCACCACCGCCGUCAACGACACGCUCGACGCCUUCGUCGAGAAGACCACCGGCGUGCUCAACGACACCUUCGGCGACACCGUCCUCAGCGGGCCCGUCCAGGAGGUCUACGACUGCCUCAUCGGGCUCAAGGUCGAGGCCGUGCAGAAGGCCCUGACCUGGGUCCACGACCACGCCCACAUCGACUUCCCCCUCCUCCCCAACGACACCUUCUCGCGCGGCGCCGCAGACAGCAUCUCCGACGGCUCCUCCAACCCCUCCGAUAGCUUCCUCGCCGACGCCGACGACCAGACCUCCAACAAGAUCACCGAGGUCGUCUUCCGCGUCACCGAUAAGAUCGAGGAGGGCAUUCGCACCGAAACCGUCAUAUCCGCGGUCAUCCUCCUCGUCUGGGUCGUCAACGCCCUGAUCGGCGUCCUCCGCGCGCUGUCGCUGUUCUGGUCCCGCGAGAGGACCCGUGGCGAGGGCGGAGGCGGCGCCCCCAUGCCGGCGGCUCCUGCAGACUCCCAUGGCUUCGUCGAUGUCCCCCUGACGGCCAUUCCGGAUGUCGCCUCUCACUCGCAACCUGCUCCCCGCUACGAGGGCCCUGCUCCGGCGCUGGCGGUGAGUCGUGACAUCCCCUAUGGAGAUGAGAAGCUAGGCUCUGUUGGUCAAAAGGCGCUUCAUGUCGAUGGCAUCUCGGACUUGCGUGGUAGUAGCUAUGUUGAAUAUGGUAUGGAGAAACGAUGA